GCCUUCUAAAUAUUAUAAUUAUAAUGAAUUAUAGUAACUGUCCAAAAUUUUAGAUUGAUAAUCCAAUUUGGAAGUGGCAGGAAGGAACAUAUGUAAUAGACGGGAUUCAAUAAUAUUUUAAUGAAUAUAUGUGGUUACCCUAAAAGAUGUCUUUUUUUAUUUAAUUAACAAAAAAUUAGGAAGUGAAAUAUAUUUAUGAAGGAGAGAUAUUAAGAAUGUUGGUUUUAUUAUUAAUUUAGAGAUCAAGUACUAGAUAAAGAAAUUAAACCAGAAAUUAUGAAAAAUCUUGUUUAGAUAAAACAUUUAAGGUGGGAAGGAUAAUAUGGAAAAAAUAAAGAAAAAAUAGGAAAAUGGAUAGCUUAUUGGAAAAAUUAAGAUUUAAAUAUCGGAGGUUAUUAUGAGAAUGGAUUGAAAACAGGGAUAUGGAUAGAUAUAGAAGAAGAUUUUUGGAAGUAUUAAUUAUUAUUUAAUAUUAAUCUAGUGAUUUGUAAUUCUUAUACACAGGAGAAUACAAAAAUGGAAGAAGAAAAGGAAAAUGGGAAACUAUGUAUAGAGAAUAUGAAGAGAAUGAAUUUUUUAAAAUGUUAGAUUUUUUAAUAUAAUCAAUUAAGUGGAGGCGGAUUUUACAACGAAGAUGGGAAAAAAGAUGGAAUAUGGAUUGAUUUGCAUGAGAAUUUCCAAAUGUAUUGAUAAUAACUUUAUAAAAUUAAGAUGGUGUUAUGUAAUUUAUAUUGGAGAAUAUCAUAACGAUAAUAGGAAGGGAAAGUGGGAAAUACGUUAUAAAUCUUAUUAAGAUCAAGAAUUUAGAAUUAUGUAUUUAUUAUAUUUAUAGUCUAUCUAUAUCUAUAAAGUGGUGGAGGUAAUUAUAAUGAAUAAGGACGAAAAGAUGGAAAUUGGAUAGACAUAAUUGAUGCAUUCGAUAAGUAAAUUUUUUUAACUUUCAGUAGAUAAAAUUCUUAUAUCAAAAAAGGCCAUUAUUAGAACGGAAAACCAAUUGGUAAUUUUUAAGAAGAAAAAUUAAAUUGA